UUUCACUUCCUUCAAUAUCAGUGCUUUCUCUCUCUCUGCUCUGUUUCUUGCCUACUUUUUUUUUCUCUCUCCUACUCUGCAAUUCUUGUUUUGAUUCGGAUUUUUUUUGCCUUUGUGAUCUGUCCAAACCUUUCUAUCCUUUUUCAAACAAAGCAUUAUUCCAUUACGUCUGCUGCUCUUUUCAUUUGUUUCUUUGUUUUCAACACCCCCAUUUCCUUCCUUCUCAUCUCCUUUCUUUUCUUUUUUUGCAACUUUCUCUCUAAACCUCUCUGAUUUUUCGAUCUCUGCAAUGAAGAAGCUUGUGUUGAAAUUGGAUUUGCAUGAUGAAAAAGCCAAGCAAAAGGCUUUAAAGACAGUCUCAACUCUUUCAGGAAUUGAUUCCAUUGCCAUGGAUAUGAAGGCAAAGCAAUUGACAGUGAUUGGAACAGUUGAUUCUAUAAAGGUGGUGAGCAAAUUACGCAAGUACUGGCCAACUGACAUAGUAUCAGUAGGGCCAGCUAAGGAGCCAGAGAAGAAGGAGGAGCCAAAGAAGGAAGAACCCAAGAAAGAGGAGGAACAAAAGAAAGAAGAGCCCAAGAAGGAAGAAGAGCAGAAGAAAGAAGAGCCUAAGAAGGAAGAGGAGCAGAAGAAAGAAGAACCCAAGAAAGAGGAAGAGAAGAAAGAAGAGGAGAAAAAGCCACAGCCACCGCCAGACCCUGUUUUGGAGCUUGUCAAGGCCUACAAAGCAUACAAUCCUCACAUGACCACUUAUUACUAUGUUCAAAGCAUAGAAGAGAAUCCAAAUGCUUGUGUUAUUUGUUGAUUAGGGUUUGGAAAAAUGGUGAGGGAAACAUAGCUUUCUCAAAUUGUUGAUGGAUUUGGAUGUCAUCAAUGAGAAUAGGAGGUAAACCAAAGAAGAGAACUCCUUUGUAUAUAGAUGGUGAUGAUGCCUCAUUAAUCCUGUUUUUUUCAUGCAUAAGUAAUGUACUGUUUAGAGACUAGAGUGAAUAAAUGAAAUUUUGGUA